AUGCAUUUUGUCCGGAACUGUCCGUUUUCGGAGCACCAGUGCAAACAGUGCAACCGAAUUGGCCACAAGGAAGGCUAUUGCGGCUGUUAUUCCAAACGGCAGACAGUUCCAGGCGGAGGGGAAAAGAAAACAUCGAAUCAGUCACCAUCGAAUCAGCCAUCAAAUCAGCAAACGAAUCAGCCAGCAAAUAGACAAAACAACCCUCGGAAAGUCAACGCUAGAGGAGUAUACAUCGUGAACCACAUUGUGAACCACAUCGCUAACCGUUCCAGUAACCGAAAGUACGUGCCUACUUUGAUCAACGGCGUGGCUACCAGGCUCCAACUGGACACAGCAAGCGAUAUCACGGUAAUAUCAAAGCAAACCUGGAACAACUUGGGUAACCCUUCAAUCAUCAAACCGACGAUCCAAGCAAUCAACGUGUCGGGCAAACCACUUCAUCUGAUGGGUGAGUUCCAGUGCGACGUCAGCAUCAACGGAAAAACUGCUCGAGGCAGAUGUUUCGUCACGACGACUGCCAACCUCAACCUUCUCGGCAUCGACUGGAUUGACCUGUUCAAGCUAUGUUUUCUGUCCAAGCGCCCAGUUCCUUUCAACACCAUUCCAUUGGUCGAUGCUGAACUCACACGGUUACAAUCAUUGGGCAUCCUCGAACCUGUCGAUUUCUCCGAAUGGGCUGCUCCCAUCUUGGCCGUGCGCAAACCUAACGGUCGAGUGCGCAUAUGUGCAGACUACUCGACGGGGCUAAACGAGGCGUUGGAACCAAAUCACUAUCCGCUUCCGACGCCGGAGGAAAUUUUCGCCCAACUCAACGGCAGCACCGUUUUCAGCAUCGUCGAUCUUUCCGAUGCGUAUCUGCAGCUUGAGGUGGAUGACGACUCCAAGAAACUGCUCACAAUCAACACGCAUCGAGGAUUGUUCCGGUUCAAUCGUCUGGCUCCCGGAGUGAAAUCUGCGCCGGGCGUAUUCCAACGUGUGGUGGAUGGAAUGAUAGCAGACAUACCUGGUGUCCGCUCUUUCAUCGAUGAUGUCAUCGUGUUUGGAAAGGACAUCAGCUCACACGCAACGUCACUCAACCUACUCUUCCAGUGGCUCAAAGAGUAUGGUUUCCACGUGAAGGCUGAGAAGUGUCAUUCCUUUCAAUCACAACUCGGCUAUUUGGGGCACAUUGUGGACAAACAAGGCAUUCGUCCAGACCCCGAGAAAGUGAAGGCUAUCGCUGCACUCCCAUCGCCAACCAACGUUUCCGAGCUUCGAUCGUACCUGGGUGCGGUCAACUUCUACGGUAGGUUCGUGCGCAACAUUCACGAAUUGCGGCAUCCAAUGGACCAGCUGUUGAAGAAGGACGUGAAAUGGCAGUGGACACCGGCAUGCCAACAGGCUUUCGACCAGUUCAAAAGGACGCUUCAAUCAAACCUGCUGCUAAUGCUGCCAUUACGACCCUAA